UAUCGAUAACACUUAAAUAACAAUUAUCACUAGUACUUAUAUAUCUGCACACGCACCCACUGGUAUUGUACUGUUAUCUUAUAUUCACGUUGUGGAUGUACUAUGAUACAUUUAUUGUUAAAUCACGUAGCGCAAAUGUGAACAUUAUUGAAAUUUUUUUCAUUUUUAACUUCCAAUAGUUGGAAAACGAAAUGCAUAAUAAUAAAAUUGUAAAAGAAGACUAACAUUUCUCAUUUCUCUAUAAUUGACAACCAGUUCUUGUACAUACACAACGUGCUUAUCACAGUUAAGAAUUUAUGUCAACCGAAGUUUCGCACUUCUGAGUUUAUUUUGGCAUUAUUGUAACUUGGCAACUAGACUGUUCGUACAAGGCUAAAAGAAGAACACAACCUCAAACAGAUAAAUUACGAAGAAGAUUUCAUUAAAUAUUACAAAAUAGUGCCUAUUGUAUAAAGAAAAAAAACUAACAGAAAGGAAGUUAAAAUUCUUGUUAACAACAUUGCUUUUUUUCUAAUGGUCAACUAACUGUUUAUAUUUAAAUCAAAUCGAAGUGGUAACAUCAAAAAGGGUAACCGCAUGACGGCGCCACGAGAGCGUCGCGACGCGAGCUAUGGUCGUCAGGCGGCGCCGGUCGUUCGUCACGAAACGAGGCGGGGUUGCAGGAGAAGUUCGCAUGAAAGAAGGAAAGAGUUGGGAGGCGGUUCGCGUGACGUAAACUCGAGCAAAAGAGAAAGAACCGAGGGGAAUCGGGUGAACAGAACGGUGUAUAUAAGGCAUAUACGGCGAAACUAGCGCCUCCGUUUGUACGCUCUGUUCGUUAUUUUCGUACCUAUCGGUUAAUGAAAGAGAGAAACCACGAAUUCCAGAAAUUAAAUGCCAACUUGUGUCAACUUGCAGUAUCUCCACGAUUCUUUCGUCAAUUACUCCCACCUUUCUUUUCUCUCACUUUGCGCACAUACACUUUCGCUCUUUGUCAUUUUCAAUUUUGUCCUUACACUGGUGCCUGUCAUUCACGAAAAUACACUACCGGUUACUACCAGUUCUCUACGGUGAUAUCACAGUGUAGCAAGAUCAGACUGACGACGAAGAAAAAGGAAAAGGUCUGCGCAUGAAACUACGUACGAAUGCAUGCGAACAUCAUGUAUGCCUUUCUACAUGUACGUGUUAUAUUGGUACGAAGUGCGACAGUGCUUUGUCGUAGGUCUGUUUUGACCCUACCAGUGACUAAUUGAGCGUGCAAAUUCAGCAACUUUGUGGCCGGACAAUGAGUCGACCAGGAUAACGACUGUGAACACGGAAACACUGAAGGAUCCUCUGAAUUCUACGAGGAUUUUCUAUCAUCGUCUUUAUUCUUAUCGUCUUUCUUAUGGCACAAAUUUCAUUGAAUGAGGCUUCAAAUAAGAAGAAUUCAAAACGAAAACGGGAGGAACGCACAGUGACAACGAAAAAAUUAUAAUUUCAACGAAUAAAUGUUAUAAUGACUACAAUAGGAAAAAUUGUACAAAAAGCAGAUGGAUCAAACGGUAGAUGAUGAGGAGAUACAUCAAAUAAUGCGUAACACGUUAUGGCCGUUUCUGCACACAAAAUUCAAAAGAUCGUCCGUAUUUUAUAAGAACUUACUCGAUAGAAUAUAAAUUGUUUGUAAGAAUAUAUAGAAACGCAUCGCUGCCUUUUUCGUAAUCGAAUAAAAAAGACCUCGCAAUGUCGAAAUACGCGCAAUCACUACGAAAGAAGGACUCGUAAAAAAAAAAAAAGGAAAAAAAGACACAUUUAGAAUUUACAUUAUUCAACGAAUAUUCAAAAUAAUUACUAUAAUAAGUAUGGAUGAGAUAAAAGUGGCAAACUUAGGCCAAGCAGCAUCAGCUGCGUGCUCGAUGGCUACGAAUUUUUUGGCGCCAGUGAAAACUGAACGGCAAAUCUACGAGAAUUCAAUGCUCGAGGACGAUCCCAAUGCCAAUUCGGUGGUCUCAACUUCACAAGAGGACAGAACCGUACCAAGAUGGGGUCCCAAUCACAAGGGUGCUCAAGAAUUAGCAAAUCUUUAUAGUACUGAUUACGAUUAGAAAAUUUAAGCUCGAUAGCGAUAGCGGCGUUUUGUGGCAUCGUUACGGCAGAUUUUGGAUCUGGAUUAGUUCAUUGGGCUGCCGAUACUUGGGGUUCUGUAGAACUUCCAAUUCUUGGAAAGAAUUUUUUAAGACCAUUUCGAGAACAUCAUAUUGAUCCAACAAGCAUAACAAGGCAUGAUUUUAUAGAAACUAAUGGUGAUAAUUUCAUGGUGACAAUUCCAUUCCUUUAUAAAUUAACAUGGGAUUUCUUAACUCUCCCAGAAUCAGAGAUACAACAAAAAUUUGUUUGGACAUGUUAUUGGUUUCUACUUGCAAUUUUUGUAGCAAUGACUAAUCAGAUACAUAAAUGGUCGCAUACAUAUUUUGGAUUGCCCUCCUGGGUUGUUUGGUUGCAAGAAUAUAGAGUUAUAUUGCCUAGGAAACAUCACCGUGUGCAUCAUGUUGCACCACAUGAAACUUAUUUCUGUAUUACUACUGGAUGGUUAAAUUGGCCAUUAGAACAGCUUCGGUUUUGGUAUAUUCUAGAAACUAUAAUUGAAAAAGCUACUGGUUGUAAACCCAGAGCAGAUGAUUUGAAAUGGGCACAAAAACGAUCUUGAGAAUUAAUAUAUUUUAUUGUUCUAUGCAUUUUUAUGGAUAAAAAAAUAAUUUAACAAAAAUCGAAAUUUUCCAUGGAUUUAUAACUUCAUGGAAAAAUAUAGAGAAAAAUUUCAAAUAGAAUAUGCUGAAAGGAAAGUUAAAUCCAAAUACUCAAAUUUUUUUCUUAUAUUUAGCACUACGAGGCCUUUCCCUAAAAGAUAGAUAGCGUGAUUAAAGACAUUUAGUAUUACUUAAGUAUGCUUUUGAAGUUUACACAUUUAUAAUAUAUAUAAAUGCAAUAAUAUAAAUAUAUAUGUAUAUACAUCACAUAAGUGAGUACGAAAUCAUGUUUGUGUAACUAUGAAUUAUGAAUUAACAAUUGGCCUGAUAAAGUAAGCAAUUCUAUGUUUAUGCACUGCACAAUCAUUACACAAGUAGCACAAAUUUGAAGCAAAGAGUAUUAAUUUAACAUUUUAUAUAAUAAUUUAUGAAAUAUUAAAAAGCUAUAAUUAAACUGCAGUACAUUGUGAAUGAAAAGUAUCGCGUAAUAUAUUUAAGUUUUAACUUUUUCGCUACGAAUAUAGUCACCGAACGUUUGACGCUCACUAUGCAUUGACGGUGACCAUAGUCACCCAACAUCUGACGCUCGCUGUGCACUGACGGUUACUUUAGUCACCCGUUAGAUUUCGCAUUCAUUUUUAACGUUGGUAGAGCAGAAUAUAUCUGUUAGCUCCAUGGUUACUGAUUUCUUCUGUUUCGUUUCUCUUUUAUUGUAUAUUACGAGAUUUAUGAGACUGGCGAUAUGAACAUCAAAAGUGCAAAAGUAACGUUCCAACAGCACACCAGAGACUCCGUUCUUUACUUAUUACAAAUAUCUCUUAUGUAAUUUGUUGAAAUUUGAGUAAAGAAUUAAUAAUAUACCUUACGUAUCUAGGCAUUAAAAGUUACGUUCUUUUCGUAGUAAAAUGUAAGUGCGUCUGCGUUAGGAUUGCCCCGUACCGGGAUAGCGCAUUCGCGGGCAGGAUCAUCGUAGCGAAAAAGUUAAACGCAAUGUCCAGUGGUUAUGAAAUGAAAUCAAAUGUUAAAAAUAAAAUAAAUUCAUACAUAAAUGUACAUAAUCAUACAUAUUUAUAUGUAUGCGUACUCUAUGUAUUUGUAUACGUAUAUACAUAUUUAUAAAUUAAUUUAAAAUUGUCGCUUACAUAUGUUCGUGCAUAAAUUUAAACAGUGUAAUUUUAAAGGGCAGAUAUAAUUUAAAUUAUUUAAUAUGCUAAUUUAUACUAGCCUAAACUGCUGUUUAAGUACAAUCGUCAAUUUCCCUGAACCUUCGAAAAUUUUUAAGCUAUUAAAAUUCAAUAAGAAACAUUGAUUUGUAAUAACAUAUUAUUUAAAAUGAAUAUUGUCAAUUUAAUUAUUACUUGUCUACAGUAAAAUUUAUAAUAUUUUUUUCUUGUCAGAAGAAAAGAGAUUAGCUGUUAUUCAUUAAUAAAUCUGUACAAAUUUUUUUAUAUAGUUUUGGAUGAAUCAGUUUAUAAUAAUUACAAUUAACAAUUCAAUUUUAACUUUAAUUUAAAAAAUUAAAUUAUACACAGUCUUAAUUAAAAUUUAUAUAAUGAUACUAUGGAUGAACGUUAUAUAAAUAGUAUAGAAGAAAUAAUAUAUUAUUUAUAAAUUAAAUGACUUUUUUAAUAUAAAAGUGGUAUUAAUUACUUUUUCAUUUUAAUUAUAUUUCUUAACUUGUGACAAAUAAGUUAACAAACACAAAAAUUGCAAGGUGCUAAAUAUAAGUACAAGUUUUAGGUUCAGGGACCAAUAAAAGAGCUAAUUGCUCUAUGCAGCAGUUUUCUAAAUUGGUUUGAUUUGGAUAAAAUAUACUGAUAAUAAAACAAUAUGAAAAAUGUAACAGAAUCUUUAUAAACUCCAAUUAUUAAAAUUAUGCUAAUGACUUUGAUUUUUAUAUGCACUUUUUAAUUGGCUACUUAUUUUGAAUAACUUUCAGUAUACUUUAUGCAAAGCUUUACCAUAAUAUAUGUUCCUUACAAGCAAAUCAUUAGCGAUGUCUUCUAAAGAAAACGAUAAUUAGAAGACAUUACAAUUAUUAUAAGUACCGUACUUGUUAUUGUUGUUGUUAUUGUUAUAAAAGAAGAAGUAUAAACUUUUAACAAACUUGUCAAAUAGCAAUGCGUGCCAGAACUGAAGCUUUUUUUUAUAUAGAUCUAUUUGAUAGUUAAGUAAUAACUACACAAAGCAAAAUGAAACACAAAAAUUAUAUUUUUGGCUAAUUUAGUUUUCUAUACAAUAUAUUGAUGUCACUACUAUUAUUACAAAUUUUGAUUACCUUUUAUGAUAUAUAGUUUUUUAAAAAUGAAUUUUGAAAUGUGAGAAUAGAACUGUACAUUGUGUCACCCUUAUACGAAAAUGAGAGAAAAACUGAUGAUUCAUUAUUUUAUCAGAAAUGAUUUGAAUGUUAAUUUACAUUCAUUACAACGAAAAAAAAGACUAUCAAAAGAUAUAUAUGUAGAUAUAUGAUAAUCACACAAUUAUUUUAUUAAUUUAAUGAUUGCAAAAUAUUUUGAUUAAAAUAAAGUGUCAUUUUCACAUUCCAUAAAUCUAAUUAUGUGAAAGUAUUUAUUGCACUAAUAUUCAGUGAAUCGAAUAUAUAGAUAUUUAUUUAUAUGAUAUUUAAUAAAUACCAAAAGAUUGUUAAUUUAUGAAACAGUUCAUUUGAACGAGUUAUGUAUAAAUUUAUACAAUUUUAAUGACAGUCAAUAUACCAUCAGCCUUAUAAUAUAAAAACAAAGAAAAUUUUAUUGAUGAAUAAUAUUAAAAGCUUUAAUAUUUUGAGGCUACAUUUAUUUUAAAAGAGUACAUAAUAUUUUAAAGAGUAUAUAUAAGAAACUUAUGCAGAGUAAAAUAGAAUUGAACGCUAUAAUAAUAAAUAUAUUAUAAGAACUAGUAUUAAUUUUGACUUUUCAGCAGCACAUGUAGAUGUAAAUAUAUGUUUUUAGGCUUAAAUUUACAAAGGAAGAAUAUAAAACGCAUAGUUCAAAUGAAAGAACGAAAUGAAGGUUGUAAAUAUAUUGAAUUUGAUACAUAAAGAACAUUUAUAUCUAAUUCUAAUUCUAAUUCUAAU